CGGACGGUGCCGGCUGUUUUUAUCCCCUUGGUUUUCAUGGGCGUGAAUGCAGCGUCUAUCCUCAGUCGUGUCCUUCAACCCAGAAAUCUCAAGCUCCAAAGUCAACCCACAACUUCCAAAGCCGCACUUGACACAAUCCUCAACCACCUCAAAGUGGGUCAUCUCCAGAAAGCCGUUUCUGUUCUGUUUGGCUCCCCUGAACCUUUCUCUUACUCUCUCUAUGCGCGUCUCUUCCAACUAUGUUCCUCCCCUUCCGCCAUUGUUGAGGCCAGGAAACUGUUUGAUGAAAUGCCUGAGAGAGAUGGGGGCUCUUGGAAUGCAUUGAUCACAGCUUAUGCACAAAAUGGGUGUCCAGAGGAAGCAUUGUGCUUGUACUCUGAGAUGAAUGAGGAGGGGGUUUUUGCGAAUGAGAUUACAUUUGCCAGUGUUCUAGGGUCUUGCGGAGGUGUCUUGGAGCUUGGACUUUGUAUGCAGGUCCAUGGGAUGGUUGUGAAGUAUGGUCUUUGUGGAAACGUGAUUUUAUGUAGUUCGCUUGUGGAUGUUUAUGGAAAGUGUGGGUUUAUUAGUGAUGCGAGGCAAAUGUUUGAUGAGAUUGAGAGUCCAAAUGCUGUUUCCUGGAAUGUGAUUGUUAGGCGCUAUCUUGAGAUAGGAAAUGGAAAAGAGGCAGUGGUUAUGUUUUUUAGGAUGUUUCGAACUGAUAUUAAGCCCUUGAAGUUCACGUUCUCUAAUGCUCUUGUUGCUUGUUCCAGAGUGGCUGCACUUAAUGAGGGGAGGCAAAUUCAUGGAGUUGUGGUUAAGAUUAAUUUCGAAGUUGAUAUGGUGGUUUCUAGCUCUCUUAUUGACAUGUAUGUGAAAUGUGGAAGAUUAGAGAAUGCCCGUAGAAUUUUUUACCAUUUGGGUUCAAAAGAUUUGAUUUCUUGGACUUCACUACUGUCAGGUUAUGCAAUGAAUAGGAGAACAAGAGAAGCAAGGGAGCUCUUCAAUGAGAUGCCUGAACGGAAUUUAAUCUCAUGGAAUGCAAUGCUGGCCGGGUAUACUCGUUCCCUUGAAUGGGAAGAGGCCUUGGAGUUCAUUUUUCUGAUGGGCAAAACAACUAGAGAUAUUGACCAUGUCACUCUUAGGUUGAUUUUAGUUGUAUGUUCUGGCCUUUCAGAUGUUUAUAUGGGGAAGCAGGUCCAUGGUUUUAUCUACAGACAUGGUUACCAUUCAAAUAUAUCUGUGGGAAAUGCCCUUCUUAACAUGUAUGGUAAAUGUGGAAACUUGAGAAGUGCGAAAGUAUGUUUUUACCAAAUGAGUCAAGGGCGGGAUAUGGUUUCUUGGAAUGCUUUGUUGACCAGCUAUGCUCAUCACCAACUUGGUGAACAAGCUAUAACCUUUUUCAAUGAGAUGCAAUGGGAGACAAGACCAAGUGAGUUUACAUUUGGAACCCUCCUGGCAGCUUGUGCAAACACACUCGCACUUGAGCAAGGGAAACAGAUCCAUGGUUUCAUGGUUAGAAAUGGUUACAAGAUAGAUAUUGUGGUAAGAGGAGCUUUGAUUGACAUGUACUCUAAAUGUCGUUGCCUUGAUUAUGCCCUCCAUGUCUUUAAAGAGGCAACUUCACAUGAUGUCAUUCUUUGGAACUCAAUGAUUCUUGGAUGUUGUCAUAACAGAAGGGGCAGGGACGCACUUAAAUUGAUUGGAUUGAUGGAAAAAGAAGGUAUAAAGCCAGACAAUGUCACUUUUCAAGGUAUUCUACUUGCAUGUAUGUACGAGGGUAACCAUGAAUUGGGCAAGCAGUAUUUUGACUAUAUGAGCAGUAAGUACUGUGUUAUCCCUCGGUUGGAGCACUAUGACUAUAUGAUUAAACUCUACAUCCGGACAGGGAGCUUGCAUGAGCUCAAGACAUUUGUUAAGCGGAUGCCUUUUGAACCAACUGUCCCAAUGUUGACCAAAAUCUAUAAUGCUUGUAAAAAGCAUGGUGAUUCAAGGUUUGGAGAAUGGACUGCUAAACGACUUAAUCAACUAAAUCCUUCCUGUAUGCACCAAGGUUUGACAUAAAGACAAGACAACCAAAUUAUGCGGAUAGCAAAUUAUUGGCCGAAGGAGCUACAUUGUGGUCACCUAUGAAGGGAGGCAAACAGCUACAACAGCAGUCUAAAUUGUACCAUUACAACUUUACAAGUGCAACAUGGAAUAUAGUGCCUUGUUUGAGAACUCAACAUGUGCUGGGAGAGAUAUGAGGCACUUCCUUCAAACUCCUGGACAAGCCACCGACAAUUACUUGUGUUGCCUUGUGGAGGAAAGGAAUCUAGCCAGAAACCAAAGGAUGAUAAUAAGUUAACAACAGAACA